GCAGAGGGGUGAGCCCAGCAUCCCAGCCUUGUGUAUCUAAAGAGGCCAGCAUCUGGAGACAAACUUCUUUUCGGUAUCCUAGCUUUCUGUAGCUCAAGGGAUUGUCCUCUCAGGACACAGAGGCUUCUGAGCAGCAGGGUACACUUCUGUUGACAAGCCUGACACCAUGGGGAAAGGAGACAGCACAAAGGCAGCACCAAACACCACAUCAAAUCGCAGUGUCCUAGAGGAGUAUAAUUAUAAGGUGGGCAAGGUCAUUGGCACUGGCUCCUAUGGCACUGUGUAUGAGGCUUACCACACAAAGCAAAAGGUCAUGGUGGCUAUCAAGAUCAUCUCAAAGAAGAAGGCCUCUGAUGACUACUUGAACAAGUUCCUGCCCCAGGAGUUACAGGUAAUGAAAAUCUUGCGGCACAAGUACCUCAUCAGCUUCUAUCAGGCCAUUGAGACCACAUCUCGAGUGUACAUCAUUUUGGAGCUGGCUCAGGGUGGUGACGUUCUUGAAUGGAUCCAGCGCUAUGGGGCCUGCUCUGAGCCCCUUGCUGGCAAGUGGUUCUCCCAGAUGACCCUGGGCAUGGCCUACCUACAUGGCAAGGGCAUCGUGCACCGGAACUUAAAGUUGGAGAACCUGUUGUUGGACAAGCAGGAGAAUUUGAAGAUUUCAGACUUUGGCUUCGCCAAGAUGGUGUCAUCUAACCAAAUUUGCCAUAGCAGCUCCUUUUACCAGCGCUCCAGCAUCUUUUCUCAAGUCAGCCAGACCUACUGUGGCAGCUUUGCUUAUUCCUGUCCAGAGAUCUUGCGAGGCUUGCCCUACAACCCUUUCCUGUCUGACACCUGGAGCAUGGGCGUCAUCCUCUAUACUCUAAUGGUCGCUCAUCUGCCCUUUGAUGACACCAAUCUCAAGAAGCUGCUGAGAGGGACUCAGAAGGAGGUCACUUUCCCACCUAACCAUGCCAUCUCCCAGGAGUGCAAGAGUUUGAUUCUCCAGAUGCUGUGCCAAGCUGCCAAGCGUGCCACCAUCCUGGAUAUCAUCAAGGACCCCUGGGUGCUCAGAUUUCAGGCUGAACCACCAACCCAUGAGAUCAAGCUGCUUGAGGUCAUGUUCCAGCCUCCCAACACCACUAAUGCACAACCAUUGGAAUGAGAUGAAAGUGGUUGAGGCAAGGGCCUGAGGGGAUCCAGACAGAGGGUUUGGGUUGACAAAUCUUUUACACCAAAAA